AUGGCGCGUGACAAGCCGAGCUUGCUGUUCCAGGGAAGGGAGACCGCCCAGAAGGCGCGGGACCGGUCGCCCAGCGGCACACCGCGGUCCCCAGUCUCCCCUGCGUACAAUGCUGGCGGAUACCUCACCGGCCCGCGCAGCGGCGCCGGCGGCGGCUACCUGCGUGGCCUGACGCCGGGACGGGGCGAAGCGAAGCCGCCCGUGCGGACGCUCCACGACGAGAUCGACGACCACGGCGUCGACGCGUUCGGGCUCAGCCAUCCCCGCCAAGAGCCUUCGCCGGCGUGGCGCUACGACGGGCACGGUGCGGCGGCGCGCGACGCGGACAACUGGGUGACGGUGUUCGGGUUCCUGGCGUACGACGCGAAGACCGUCGUGGCGGAGAUGCGGCGGUGCGGGGACAUCCUCCAGCACGGGCAGUACGGCCGAGAGGGCGCGAAUUACAUGCACAUGCAGUUUGCGUCCCCGGAGGACGUGCGGCGCGCGCUCGCGCUGGACGGACAGCAGAUCACGCCCUCGCUGAUCAUCGGCGUCAAGCCGAUCGACCCGCGGCACAAGGAGGACGUCCUGGCGUACAUCGACACCCAUCGCACCCCCAUCAACCCCGCACAGCGCAUGAGGUCGCUGUCGCCUCCGCCGCGGUCCGCUCCGGUUCGCCCGCACCGGGUCCAGCUGGACGGGGGCACGACGCCGCUGCCGCAGCCAGCGAAGAGCACGUGGGGCAAGAUCGCGUCGUACGUCUUCGGAAUGUGA